ACCCCCUUCCCCACCCCCUCCUCCUCCGCCUCCGCCCGUAAAUGUUCCUGCAAGAGAAACAAAUUCAAAUGAGGGGAGAUCUCCGGAGGUCGGGAGAGGGAGGGGCAGAGGGCUGCACCCACCGGGUGCUGGCAGGGGUCGCGGGGUGCCUCUUGCUCGCGGUUCAGGCGUAGGCAUUUCACCUUUGUUUUCCAGUCCUGAAGUGGACGGUGGUUUAUCACCGCCCAAUAAAGAGGGCGGCGACGAAGGUGGCAGAAUGCAGCGCAAGCAUGAUCGCGAUGAGAGCCCCGAUGACGGUAGUCAACGACGCUGGAAGAGGAAACAACCCUCGAACGUCGACUGGAUGCUCAAAUGCAAGACAAAACUGUUCGAACUGAAGGAACGCACUGCGAAAAAAGCCAUCUCUGACGUUUUUCUCACGGAGAGGACACUACAAGAAACGAUUUCUUUUAUUGGCCAUAAUGCAACGAAACUGGAAGCUGUUGCAGCCAAAAGCCCAUCGGAAUUCGCCGCUGAAGACCGCCGCGUCUUCAUGCAGAGCAUCGAGUCGUACAUCGCCGGACUGGAGAGGGCACUGCUGCUGUUGGCGAAGGAAACUUUGAAUAAGCGGCAGUUAAUGGGUCUCUUCGAAAGCGCUGUGAAGGUCGAGCGUCUGACCACGCCUUCAGAGCUACUGACGGAAAUGAGGAGCAUCACUUCUCUCUUGAACACUUUCGCGUAUAUGCCUAAAAUGGAUGACGACGACUGA